AUGGGCUUCUUUAACUGGCCGUCCAAAAACACCAGCGAAGAGGCCAAGGGAGGGGCGGCGAAGAAGAAAAUCUGCUGCGUCUGCUUGGAAACCAAGAAACUGCGAGACGAGUGCAUCGUCAAACUCGGAGAGGAGCAGUGCAGGAAGUACAUUGAGGACCACAACCAGUGCUUGCGGGAUGAGGGCUUCGACGUGAAGUGA